CCUGGCUGUUACUCCCGCCUCAGUGGUGACGUUCCGCGCCGCUCACUACGGAACUUUAGGUAUUAUGGUCCUUGUUGCGCUCAGUAAAACGCUUUCAGUUCUUCGCACAGCUGUUUCCAUGGCGGUGUUUUGAACUAGUAUCUUGCGUCUAUGGCAUUCAAUUACAGGCCUGAAGAAUCAAUUUUUGGAUCAAGGGUUCAAAGAUGACAUUAGAGUUUCAACAUUAUCCGAGACCAGUACAUUCAGCGUUGUCUGAUCUGUCUGGAGUUUGGAAUUUACCUCCCCGGGGAAGCCAAAAGAUGAAGGACAAUCAGCUCCAGUUCAAUUUGGAUGUGCUUACUCACCAAAAAAAUUUGGCUGCCCAGUAUUCAAACCCAAGUCCAAUUAUAAUAGAAAAACUUCGCUCAUCUCAUCAACGUGCAGAAGAGAACACAGCAGAGCAAGAUUUAAGAAAUUCUUCCUCUUCUGUCUCUUUUUCUGUUGUGUCUGAGGAACGUUUAAACCUUGCAGUUCAACUUGCAAAACGUGAUGUGAAAAGGAAACACUUAGAAGAGAGAUUACAACCAAAAGGACACGGAGUGAAGCCCCAUGUUGCAGAAAAGGUGAAGAACAAAGCACAAAAGCAAAUUAGGUUACCAGUCAGUGGACCAAAAUUUGAAGUAACUAGAUCUGGAGCUCGAGUGUAUGUGUACACUGCAGAUACACAAACACCACCAGUAUUUUCAGACUCACCACCUACUCACGAUCCAGGACCUGGCAGAAGGAUCAUCAAAAUAGGAGCAGAGGAGGGUGAGCAGGAAGUAAGGCGCCUGCAGAAAGAGUUGCACACAUAUAUACAGAAGAUCCAAGAGUUGGCACAGAGAGAGCGCUCAGGGGAUGUGUUGGAUGCUGAUGAAGAAGCUAGAGGUCGGAUCCGCCAACAGGAAAGAGCCACACGCUCAGCUAGGAUGCUUUAUGUUUUACAGCAGCAGGUAAAAGAAAUCAAAGAUGAAUUGGAACAGCUCAGUCCUCAGAAACUAAGACACACAAAAAAGUCUCGAACUAUGUCCAGGUUGGCAGCAGCCCACCGAGGAGCCAUUCGGGCCCUGCAAAUGUUUGUUGCCCAGCUAAAUGAAAAAGGUGAACAACAGCUUCCUGUUCUUUACAAGGACCUGGGUCACCUCAUACGACAGCUGUCCCUCUGCACUGCAAAAUUUGAAACUGGGCAUGAUCAUGCAUCUUCAGAUUUGAUCAUAUCCAUUCUCCAAAAAGUUGAGGAUGUUAACAUCUUUCUUGAAGAAAAAAUGUCUUCACAUGCACGUAAAGUGUCACCAAACCGAGCUUCAAGCAGAUCUCCAGCCACCAAAAAGGAAUCUGCCUGUGAACCGAAUUUGUCUCCCAGGAGAGAGAGAAAAAAAUACCCCCCUCCAGUAAUCCAAAAGCGAGAUACAUGUGAACAGAAGCAACCACCUGUAAGGAGACAGCUUGUUUUGGAUCAUUGUUCAGAGUCUUUAAACACAGCCACCCAAACAGAACCCAUUCCAAAGGAUGACCAGCCAACACCAGAAUGGAGAGCUGCACUUAAAUCAGGACUAGAGGCUUUAAUACAAGCUAGUGACCUGAAAGGCUUGCGCAAGAAUGGAAUUGAUCAACGGAAGAACAAAGGAGUGUUGCUUCCGCAGAGGCCUCAGGGAUUCCGAAAGGUUCGCAGACCUGAGCCAUCACAGAGAGCAAAUUUUCAAGCAAAAACAAUGGCAUUUAUGCUGAAAGAAAAUCGUCCUUUUGUUCGUGAGAAGAAAACUCCUUGGGUGCCCCCAAAUCCCACUUCGCCUCAAGCUUCCCCAAAAAGGGUUAACUGGAAUAAACAACAGAAGCAGAUACAUUUUUCCUCACCAAAUAAAUCUAUACAAGCUGAGGAACCCAAGUUGUCAUCACCUGAGAUACCAAAAGCUGUAGAUGAAGAAGCAGUAAGGCUUGCAUGGCUAGACUCUGUAACAGCACAGAGAAUGCAGGAGUUACAGAAUCUAUACAAAGAAGAAGUUUCACGUAUGCAAAGCCUCAGGAAGGAGCUAAGUCUUGCAAACCGAUUACCAACUUUGGAUGAAAAAAGAAAAAACUCUCAACAGAAUCCUCCUGUGGUGGAAUCUUUGCCUGGUAAUGUUGCAGACAGAAGUCUGGAUGGAUCUGAUGCAUUCGGGCUGGGGUCUUCCACUCUGGAUAACAUGAUCCAAAGAAUGGAAGAAAUAGAAAAACAUCAAGAAGCAGUUCGGCAGAGGUUUAGUCGGGUUGUGUAUGCUGAUCCCGAAUUCUGGGCCCAGGAAGAAAAAGAGAGAGCGAGUGCAGCCAUAGACAAGAGGCCACUCUCUCCACACCCAAUCAGAAUUACUAAACCUGCAGGCCAAAGGGAUCCAGUAGUGGACAUACUAUUAGAAGAGCCUCUUGAAGGAGACUCCCUACAGAUCAGUAAAGACGAGCUGACCAACGGUUUUCUGCAAAGUCUUCCUCUUAACCUAGCACAACGGAGGGAAGGAUGCAAGCCAAUCACUGUCCCAGUAAAUAUGCUGCAAAGCAUUAAAGAUUACACUGAGCAAUUUCAACGGCAUCUUCGGCUGACAUCCCACGAGGAGGUGGGCAGCUUCAAUCCAUGGCAGAUCUCAGAGAGCUUGGCAGAGGAGCUGCUGAAAGAAGCUCUGGAUGAGGUAGCGGCAGAACUGCAGGAUGUCUGUGAGGGAUACGCAGAAGCCGUCUUCACAUCUGAAUUCUUACAGCCAAUUUCUUAAAGUCUCUCGCUUUGUGCUAUAAACCUGCAAAUUAUAUUUCUAUUUUUAGAGUUUUAUUAUUGAGAAACAAGUUAAAUGUCACAAUCUCUGUGUAGGAUCUUCUCACUUAUCAGGGUGACAGGAAAGGUUUCAUGCACUAAAGACCAUAUAUCUUGGAGUAAUUUAAACUUUUAUCAAGCGUCCAUUAUGACUGUUCUCGGUGGUGCUGUACAAUUGCAACUUAUAGGAAAAGGCUGAAUAGAACAGGUGACACGGUGAAACAAAGGUGACUUACUCGUCAGAUCGUUUUAUUCUCAGCUGCAGCAGCUCUUGAAUCUUAUGGCAUGGCUUAUCCACUGUAUUUAUCAGCAGGAUGAUCUCUGUAACAAAUGUUUUUGUUAGUUUUUUUAACUUGCAUAUCUGUGCAAAUGGUUCAGAUGUCUUACAUGCAUCAUUUCAAAACAAUAACACCAAUAAACAAAAACACCAAUGGCAUUACUGAUUCAAUUCAACGGUGAAGGAUGUUUAUUAGCUCAUGACAAAGUAGCAACGUUUCGGGCCUAUUCAGGGCUCUAUGCCAAUGCUUGAUAAAGGGCCCUGUAUAGGGCCGAAACAUUGCCACUUUGUCAUGAGCUAAUAAACAUCCUUCACCGGUUCAACUGCAUCAGUUAUGUCAUUGCUAUUUUUGUUUUGUCUGGAUAUUGUUUUCGGUCCUUGGCUAUUUUGGCCAUACACCUAUCUGCACCUGACUCCAAACAGGUGUUACACACUGGUAGAAGCACUCUGCUCGGGGACUUGCAUCAUUGCAGCAUGCUUAAAUGCAAGAUUAUAUCACGAGCAAUUUAUAAUUUU